AUGCCAGCAUCUGGUGCAGAGGAAAAUAGGGAGGUUGUCACACGUAUCACAUACAUGUAUACAUAUAUGUGUCCGUGUGUGCGUGCGUACGCUAGAGUUAGAGCGGGAGAGUUUGCUAGAAAGGAAGUAAGAUGCAGUAGAGACAAAGGGAGAAAGACGUACGGCGAGAGAGAGAGAGAGAGAGAGAGAGAGAUGGAAGAUAGAUGGAUCUACGGAUAA